AUGGGUUGGCUAACCAAAAUUUUCAAAGGUUCCAGUCACAAACUCUCCGAAGGGCAAUAUCAUGGGAAAUAUGAUGAUGAUACGAUUUGGGAAGAACCUCCUGCUUCAACGGAUACGUGGUCGGAUUUUGACAGAGAAGAAAUUGAUCUUGCAAUUGCACGGUCUCUGGCUGAAGAAGAUGCCUCUCUGGCUGAAGAAGACGCCUGUCUUGCUGAAGAAGACUCAUCUCUUGCUGAAGAAGACGAGAAAAGAAAUAAAGAAGAAGAUGAGAAAGGAAAGAAAGUGAUUGAUACUGAGUCUCAGUCUCACUUGGAAGAAGAUGAAAUGCUUGCAAAGGCUCUUCAGGAAAGUCUGAACGUGGAGUCUCCACCUCGAUAUGAUUAUGGAGGUCGAGGUGAUUAUGGAGGUUACUUUCCUCCUUAUCCAUACUACUAUUCGUCAGGGUACAGGAUCUGCGCUGGAUGCAAUGGUGAUAUUGGUCAUGGAAGAUAUUUGAGUUGCAUGGGGGCUGUUUGGCAUCCAGAAUGUUUUCGUUGCCAUGCUUGCAAUAAGCCAAUUUCCGAUUACGAGUUCUCAUUGUCUGACAAUCGCCCUUACCACAAAUCCUGUUAUAAGGAGCAGCAUCAUCCCAAAUGCGAUGUCUGCAAUAAUUUUAUCCCAACAAAUGCAGCUGGUCUUAUUGAGUAUAGGGCACAUCCAUUCUGGCAUCAAAAGUACUGCCCAUCACAUGAGCAUGAUGGAACACCUCGCUGUUGCAGCUGUGAGAGAAUGGAGCCGGUGGAUGCUAGAUAUCUUAUUCUUGACGAUGGGCGGAAGCUAUGUCUGGAGUGUUUGGACUCUUCAAUAAUGGAUACCCAUGAAUGCCAACCCCUUUACCUUGAAAUUCAAGAAUUUUAUGAAGGUUUAAAUAUGAAGGUGGAGCAGCAAGUUCCAAUGCUCUUGGUUGAGAGACAGGCCCUAAAUGAAGCCAUGGAAGGAGAAAAAAAUGGUCAUCAUCACAUGCCCGAGACCAGAGGACUUUGCCUGUCUGAAGAGCAGACCGUUAGCACUAUUUUGAAGCGGCCGAAAAUUGGUGGACAUCGGAUAGUAGAUAUGUUUACUGAACCUUAUAGGCUAGUUCGUCGUUGUGAAGUGACAGCAAUUCUUAUUUUGUAUGGUCUUCCUCGGUUAUUGACUGGUUCCAUCCUGGCUCAUGAGAUGAUGCACGCAUGGCUGCGACUUAAAGGUUACCCAAAUCUAAGACCAGAAGUGGAAGAAGGUAUCUGCCAGGUGUUAGCUCAUAUGUGGCUAGAUUCUGAAAUUAUUGCUGGUUCUGGUAGUAAUUCAGCUUCUACUUCAUCGUCAUCUUCCUCCACCUCGUCCUCAGCUUCAUCAUCAUCAUCAUCUGGUUCUUCAAAGAAGGGCAAACGAUCUCAAUUUGAGAAAGAACUCGGUGAUUUUUUCAAACAUCAGAUUGAGUCUGACACUUCAACAGCUUAUGGAGAUGGUUUCAGAGAAGGCGAUAAGGCUGUGCUCAAGUACGGCUUAAAGAGAACACUUGAUCACAUUCGGCUUACUGGGAGCUUUCCAUGUUGA